AUGCUGGCCCAGCGCUCCGCUGGCCUCAGGCGGGCCUUCACGGCCAGCGCCAGGCCCAUUGUCAGCCGCAGCAUUGUUAGGCCCGUGUGCCAAGCAGCGGCAGUGGAGAAGGCCUCGACCGGCAGCCCAUCGCUACUGUCUGCGGGGGCCCCGGACACAUACGCCAUUGUGGAGGUCGGUGGCCGGCAGAUGUUCCUGGAGCCCGGCAAGUGGUACACCUGCAACCGCCUCCAGGUGCUAAUGGGCGUUCGCCGGCGCCCGGGGCGCGCGCUGCGUCGCGCGCCUGGUGGUGGUGCGCUGCGGCCGCCGCGCUCGCUCCUGGUCGAGACAGGCAGCAAGAUCCGCUUCGGCCGCGUGCUGGCUCUGAAGCAGGAGGGCAAGUUCACCGUGGGGGCGCCCUACCUGGAGGGCGCUGCAGUGGAGGCGGAGGUGCUGGAGGAGCUCAAGGGCCCCAAGGUGAUUGUGUACAAGAUGCGCCCGAAGAAGCACUACCGCCGCAAGAACGGCCACCGCCAGCCGCUGUCGCGCUUCAUGGUCACCAAGGUCGGCGCCUAG